GCUCGCAUUGCCAUAAUCCAUCAACCCAAAUCAAAAUCAAACCGAUAAGAGAUUUUUGUUAGAGAGAGAAAAAUAAUGGCAGGAGUUGGACCAAUCUCACAGGACUGGGAACCAGUAGUCAUCCGCAAAAAGGCUCCCACCGCCGCCGCUAAGAAGGACGAGAAGGUCGUCAACGCUGCUCGUCGCGCUGGUGCCGAGAUCGAAACUCUAAAAAAAUCUAAUGCUGGUACUAAUAAAGCAGCCUCUAGCAGCACUUCUUUAAACACAAGGAAGCUUGAUGAAGAAACAGAGAACCUAACUCAUGACCGAGUACCGACUGAAUUGAAGAAAGCCAUAAUGCAGGCUCGGAUGGAAAAGAAAUUUACCCAGGCUCAGCUUGCUCAGAUGAUCAAUGAAAAGCCCCAGAUAAUCCAAGAGUAUGAAUCUGGAAAAGCAAUUCCCAAUCAACAGAUAAUAGGCAAACUGGAGAGGGCCCUUGGUGUGAAGCUGCGAGGAAAGAAAUGAAGUGUGGCCCUGGAAACACAAGCAAGAGUUAUAAAGUUGUUCAAGUGUUUGUUAGAGUCUUAAGAUGGGUGGUGUACAUGAACUUUCUACCAUUAUUAAGGGCUCACAUGUAAGAAACAGUAAGUUUGACAUGUGUGAAGACUUGCGAUGUUGGAAUUUGAAUGGAUCUUUUUUCUUGCAUGCA